AUGGAAAAUCAUAGAAACGAUUUUAUUGAUGGGAACCUUCCAGACGCCAGGGUGAACCCAUCCCCAGCAUUUCAUGUCACAGGCUUAGAUUACGCUGGUCCAAUAUCUAUAAGGCAUGGAGGAACAAGGAGCAGGGUCAACACCAAGGCAUACGUGGCAUUUUUCGUUUGCUUUAGCACUCAUGCCAUUCACCUAGAAUUGGGGAAAGCAGAUUCAAAUCCAUUCCAACAAUGGGAUAAAUUUUAUCGGAGCCACAUAAUAUUGGGUGAGUUCCUAAACAAUAAUUCUCUAAGGAAAGGGAUAUUAGAAUAUUCACACCAAGAAGGGAUAGACUGGCGAUUUAUUCUUCCUCAUACUCCCAUUUUGGAGGCCUAUGGGAAGCCGGAGUUAAAUCAACAAAAUAUCAUCUACGCCGAUGCAGAGUAUGAUGGAGAGAGUAUACUUAAUUUUGAGGAGCUACACACAGUACUAGUGCAAAUUGAAGCGGUGCUGAAUUCAAGGCCCGUAAUGGCUGAUUCCGAUGAUCCUGACAGCCUGGAGGCAUUGACACCAGGAUACUUUCUAAUUGGACAUCAGUUAACGACUUUCCCGGAGCCAACCCUGCUCAAUGAACCGACAAUAAAUUGUCCAAGACGAAGAUGGGACUUGGUUCAAAGAAUGUUUCAGCAAUUUUGGCUGCGCUGGCGCCGAAAUUUGGCUAUACUAAAGGAAGACCACCAAUCACUCCUGGACUGGCACAUAGGUAAGAUAAUUCAGCCACAACAGGGAGCUGAUGGACUGGUCCGAGUGGCUACUAUCAAAACAAGGGGCAGCACUAUGAAGCAGCCAAUUAUGAAACUAGCAAUGCUACCUAUCCAACAUGAACCAUAG